AUGGAGCAGCGCAGCUGCUGCCGGCUGCGCCCUUCCGUUGCAGAUCAGAUGGAUUAUAGAAACAGAAAAGCUUCAGUUCAAGGUGGAAACCAUGGAAACAAGGUCCAAGACCGAAAAGGGGAAAAACAAAAGCAAACAGAAAGCAAGCAAGCAAACAAGUUCCAACCAUUCGCCAAAGAUCGUAUACACCCAUCGUACACCACCUCUAAAGCGUUGUUCCCUUAUGUGAGCACCACACUCACUCGAGAAUUGAGCGCCCGGGUGAAAGAGGGCCAGUGCUGGUCCAUUCGUGUAAAAUAUAACGUUAGCCCUCUUUCUAGAAACAACUGGCAGCUAGCAGCAGCGGUAGCGCUAGCGUGUGCAGUACUGAGAGAAGAACUCCGUAGCCGUCAGGAAAGCCUGGAAGUUCGAUGGCGAGUCGAGGGGCAUCUUGACGAAAUCAAGAGCCUCGGGCAAGGUACUCGGAGGAGUACUUGGUCGCAUGUCCUUUGGCCAAGGGAAGAAGCGUCGUUUCAUUGCCUAGCGGAAAAAAAGAUUGCUUUCUUAUCUGGAAUGGAAGGAAACCAUAAGCUCGAAGGCGAACGCGAAGGCUAUGCGCGCCGCGAGCCGGCGAAGAACAAGGGUGAGAAAGACGAAGGACGAAUAUUUGGAGAAAACAUCACUUGUGCAGUUGUAUCUUGUAGAGAAAGGGGAAGAAAGCGAGAAAAGGAGACGGAGAAGAGAUGA